AUGCCAGAAGAAGACAAACAUGGCGAGGAGGUGGAGACAUUCACCUUCCAGGCUGAGAUUGCACAGCUCAUGUCACUGAUUAUUAACACCUUCUAUUCCAACAAAGAAAUAUUCUUGCGAGAGCUGGUCUCAAAUGCCUCUGAUGCUCUGGAUAAAAUCCACUAUGAGACUCUCACUGAUCCAUCCAAGCUGGACAGUGGUAAAGAUAUGAAAAUAGAUGUCAUCCCCCAACUGGCAGGAACAAGCUCUGACUCUCAUUGACACCGGGAUUGGCAUGACAAAGGCUGGUUUGAUCAACAACCUGGGAAAAAUUGCCAAAUCUGGAACCAAAGCUUUCAUGGAGGCCCUGCAGGCUGGAGCAGAUUUCUCCACAAUCGGGCAGUUUGGUGUGGGGCUCUACUCUGCCUACCAUGUGGCCGACAAGGUUUCAGUGAUGACCAAAAACAAAGAUGAUGAGCAGUAUGCGUGGGAAUCCUCGGCUGGUGGCUCUUUCACAGUAAAGGUAGACCAUGGUGAACUCAUUGAAUGCGGCACCAAGGUCAUCCUACAUUUGAAAGAGGACAAGACUGAGUAUCUGGAGGAGAACCCUGUGAAGGACAUGGUUAAGAAAUAG